GAAGGUCAAUGUUGUAGCCAGUGUCCAAUAGGCUCAGGAGUUACCUCCCAUUGUCAUUCCGGAAAUGAUACUAAUUGUGAACCUUGUGUAGAUGGCAAGACCUUCUCGAGUAACACGAGUCAUACUCAAGUAUGUUCCCAGUGCUCCGAGUGUCCGAAGAACUCUCAAGUGUCGAGCGAGUGCAACUCUACUGCAGACACAGCAUGCGUUUGUGAUAAAGACUUCUUUUUAGCCGAGGACGGUGAGUGUAAACUUUGUGAUCUGUGUCCAGCAGGUUGGGGUGCUUCAGUGUCGUGUACUAGGACUCGGAACACGGCCUGUAAUCAGUGUACGAACGGAACCUUCUCUAAAGAAUUAAGUGCAACAAGUCAAUGUUUGGUGUGUUCGGUAUGUGCUCCGGGAGCUCAGAUGUUACAAGCUUGUUCGUCAACAGAAGACACUAUCUGUAUCUGUAAGUAUAAUUUUUCACUUACUUCACCCCAUCCACUCACAACUUGCUCAUAUCUUUCGGCGACCCCAAAAUAUGGCUGUCUCAACGCCACCCCCACCCACCACUCCCUCAAAUUCCCAUGUAUGAGCCAAAAGGGGCUUCUAAAUUGUCUCUAA